AUGGGAAGGAUUGCGCAUAUCGUUUCACUCUUGCCUGCUGAACGCGAAGACCCAACAGCGGAAAACCCCGCCGCACGCACCAGUUCCUGGACACAGGGCGACAAGCCUGGGAAGCCAGAUGGAGCUACCACUGAACCCGUAUCUGGUUCGUCACGGGAAGCAGAUAUGGACCACAUGACUCAGGCUCAGAUGUCUUCCAUGGAUCGUGCCGCACUGAUUGCGUUGUAUCGUUCGACUGAUGGAGCAAAUUGGAAAAGGAAAAGGAACUGGAACACGGAGGCGGGGCUGGCUACUUGGCAGGGGGUCAGACUUAACCACGCGGGCCGUGUGGUGGAGCUGGCCCUGCCGAACAACAACCUCCACGGUAUUGCAAUGUCUAGUCCGCGUUGUGAAUUCGCUUACUGUGCCAUCUGCUUGGUGUCGGCAUCGAGUUGUCAUUGGAUGAUCGUCCCUGUGUUGAUUGAAGCGAAUUGA